AUGCUAAAUUCUGCGAUGUCGAUGAGCAACGGGCCAUCGAGUGAUGAUUCGUGUUAUGCUGGCUGGUUUGCUAGGCCAAUUGGUGGGCGCUACCCGACGAGGUUCCAUUCUGGUCACUUUCAGGGCGAAACAGCCGCCAAGGAAUUUCGAGGCAAUAUUAUUCACCUCGAGAAGCAGCUGAGGGCCAACGAGGAGCAUGAGACUAGAUGUUCGAUCGCGCAUCCGUCGUCCCUGGCUAAUCAGCCUCCAGCCGUGAUCGGCUACCCUCCGAGCCAUACGACGGUUGACGUCUAUGAUUACCCGCAUCAAUACGGCGAUAAGAAUCCAGUGUUGCACAACUGCAAACUUUGCAAGGAUGGCUGGAAGGAGAAGCGGAUGUAUUAUAAGUCGGGCUGGACGGCCUAUUUCACAUUUCUUCUCGUGUUUCCGCUACUUUCCGCCGUCGAUUUUUUGGGUAGCAGCACGGAUGGGUCAUAUCAAAGCCAACUCUCCGCCGAGCGGCACACCACCUGGGUGUUGGUGCUCGGCUUCUUCGGGCUGAACGUCUUCGGCACGUGCUUUGGUCUCUGGGGCAUCUGGCGAUCGAAGAAGCUGGCCGUGCUCGUGUUGGGGCUAUUAUACUUUAACUGCUUGCUGUUCUUCGCCGACAACGCGGUCUCGGAGGUGACCACGAAAUGGCAGGGGUCAAUAGCGUCAUGUUUCAUUGGUGUUUUGUAUGGAAUAGCCGGGUGGCAGGCCAGCCAAUGUGCCGAUCGCAUUAAUGGUUCGGCAAAUAGCCAAUUUCUGAUGCGCCCCCCGGCGCAACGUCAAGCUUCCUGGUUC